AUGUCGGCCCCUACAGCUCUUCGUCAGCCUGAGCAAACUCUCGGCUUCCAGCCUCAGAAUGUUUCUCAUGAUCAGGAUGAUGAAAUUUUGAUCGAUGCCCAGGCCUCGAUCGAGGGCGUUCCCACCAACCCCGUCGCCGAGUCUGCAGAGGAUGGCGAGUUGCGCAUCGAUGAGGAAGGUCGCCCUGUCUUCACCCCGGCCAAAGACGUCGCUACCGCAUAUAAGAUCGAAUCACGGAAGGUGCCUGUCCCGCCACACCGUAUGACGCCGCUCAAGGCAAACUGGGCCAAGAUCUGCCCUCCUAUCGUCGAACACCUCAAGUUGCAAGUGCGAAUGAACAUCAAGAGCCGAUCGGUAGAAUUGCGGACCUCCAAGUUUACCGACGACGUGGGAGCCCUGCAGAAGGGUGCUGAUUUCGUCAAGGCCUUCACUCUUGGCUUCGAUAUCGAUGAUGCCAUCGCCCUCCUCCGACUUGAUGAUCUGUACAUCCAAACUUUCGAAAUCAAGGAUGUGAAGACUCUAAACGGAGAGCAUCUUGGUCGUGCCAUUGGACGUAUUGCAGGCAAGGAUGGAAAGACCAAGUUUGCGAUCGAAAAUGCCAGCCGGACACGAGUGGUACUUGCAGACCAGAAGAUUCACAUUCUGGGUGGAUUUAAGAACAUUCACAUUGCCCGAGAGGCCAUUGUCAGCUUGAUUCUGGGUAGCCCUCCGGGCAAGGUAUAUGGCAAUCUUCGAACUGUCGCCUCGCGUAUGAAGGAACGGUUCUGA